AAUCAAAAAAAUACCGCGAGGGAAGGACGAGAGCAAGACGCCAAGGUAACUGCAACCGGAAUUAACACAAAAGCUACCAGCAACCGAACCACGUUCCUGACAAACAGACUUGCAACACAUAAAGUGACCAAACCUAAGAUGUCGACGCAUCGGAUCAUUUUUCUGGCCAUUCUGUGUCUGCUAGCAGGCUCCACGGACGCCGCCUCGAAGCGCUUCUUCACGGACUUCCUGCAGGACCUGCCGACGCCCGGAACCGGAGGACCCACUUUCGACACGACCAUUGGCACGAACAUCACAGGACUCGUGGGCAAGACGGUGAAGCUGACCUGCCGCGUCAAGAAUUUGGGCAAUCGCACGGUGUCCUGGGUGCGACACAGGGACAUACACCUGCUGACCGUGGGCCGCUACACAUACACCUCCGACCAGAGAUUCGAGGCAAUGCACUCGCCGCACGCCGAGGACUGGACACUACGCAUACGCUACGCGCAGCGCAAGGACUCCGGCAUCUACGAGUGCCAGAUAUCGACCACGCCCCCGAUUGGACACUCCGUCUACCUCAACAUUGUUGAGCCCGUCACCGACAUCAUCGGCGGCCCCGAGCUGCACAUCAACCGCGGAUCCACCAUCAAUCUGACUUGCAUUGUGAAAUUCGCACCGGAACCGCCGCCAACCGUCAUUUGGUCCCACAACCGCGAGAUCAUAAAUUUCGAUUCACCUCGCGGCGGCAUAUCAUUAGUCACCGAGAAAGGUGUGCUGACCACCAGCCGGCUCCUGGUGCAGAAGGCCAUCACCCAGGACUCGGGACUCUACACAUGCACCCCCUCCAAUGCCAACCCGACCACGGUGCGCGUGCAUAUCGUCGAUGGCGAGCAUCCGGCGGCAAUGCACACGGGCAACAAUGGCAACUCCACGGCGAGCCAGCCGCCAGUCCUGCUGCCGCUGGUCCUGCUCACCUGCAGCACGCUGAUGCUCCUCCAGCUGGUGGCCAGCUGCUCCACCCACGUCCCGGCCACGCCCCCCGGCCGCCGGCCCGUCCACCAGGCACGCACGCUCGCCAAGGAGAAGGCCAGAGGACAACGAAGCACCCGGAACUGGAACUGCCAGGAUCUGCAGGAGGUAGAGGAGUCGCAGGAUCUUCGCCGCAGAGGCGUCGAGUGGAGCCCGGUGCCCGGGACAUAGCUCUUCAAUGGAUCGCGAACCGGACACGCUGCCGAAUUGCCAACAGGAAUCGCAUUCUAGGAUGCCCUCUCUGCGCUCACCACCCGCCCCUGUUCCUUGAUUUCCUGGUUUUCCGGCUGCCGGCUGCCGGCCCUCGGUUUUCAGUUUCCGGUUUCCGGUUUCCGGCUUGGUCCUGCUCUCUCGUCCCACCUGUGGGCCCCUUGCUCCGCCGCCACCGGACUUUGUGAGCGGGCUGGAGCUUAUCUGUUAUCACUAAAUUAAGUAGCCCGACUUGGUCCGCAGAAAACACCACACACCUUUAUCAGACUUUUCCGAAACUAACCAAAGAUAGCUAAUGCAGCGGGAUAAGAACGGCACCAGUAUGGACCCCCAGAUGGACAUUGAGAUACAAAGUAAGAGCCAGAACGAAGCUGCAGGCUAGCAGAUCGUUUUCGUAAUGCUCGGGUUCAAAUUGAGCCUGUUUAUGGGGGCAGGUUAAAAUAACUAAUACACCUUGUACAUAGAGCCACUGACGCGAGAUUUCUCUUCCAUUGAUUAGUAACUGGUAAACGGAAGCGACGAGUGUUUGAACUCUCAUCUACUUAACUUCUUUCGGUUGGCAACAACUUUACAAACACACACACACACACAAGCCACAUUCUCUAGUACAAGCAUAAGCUAUAGGUGUCUAAACAUAUUACAAAAAAUUGCAAAUUGAAGUUUCGAUGGGAAACUGCGAGACGUGCGAUUUGCAGCAAGUCUAAGUACGAUAAAGAUAAUGAUUUUUUUUUACAACUAGCUUAAGUUCAAGACUAUAGUAAAAUGUAAGGAAAUGAGUGGAGUAAUCGAAAAAUAGCUAAAACGGAUGGCAGAUUAUCUAAGGUAGCAAUGGAUUGUUGACUUAAAUGUGUACAUACUAAACAAAUCAGCAUAAUUAGUCUAUGGAUAUUUUUUUUGUUUUUUUGGCUACUCCCCAUAUAUCAAAUCAGAAUAAUCUCUACCUAUACAUAUAUAGGGCAUUUUGAUGUAUUAGGGCUUAAGCGAUAUUAAUUCUUGUUGUAUGUUUGACAAACGAAACGAAUGGCUAAAACCAAUUGCCAUUGAGAGCAGAUAUUGACAUAGAGAACUAACCAACUAUCCAAUAAAGCGUAUCGCUAAUUCAAGUCGAGUAUUUAAGUGUCUCUCUCUAGCUAUCUCUAUCUCUCUCUAUUUCUCUAAAAAUCUCUAACUGACUCUCUCCAAAGAAAUGAUGAAGACGCAGCAAAACCCAUUCCCUGACACACAGUAACUGUAACUUUAAGCCCAGCUAGUGGAAUGCUAGAGAUACACUGAAAAAACACCACCCCGAAUCAGAGGCAGCGGCAGAUCCGCGAUCCCACCCCAGAGAAGGGUCUAACCCUAUCCCGAUCCCAGCCCCUAGAUAUCUGGUGAGCCAGGCACUGGAUACAUCUCAUACGAUUUCGCUCCUAAAUGAAACAAAAACGAAAGAAUACUCUCCAUACUAAGCGUAAAUAUAUGGAUAUGAAUAUGAAUAUGAAUAUGGAUAUGAAUACGAAUAUGAAUAUGAAUAUGAUGGUACCACUUAGUGUGCAUAACUAUAAUAAAGCGGAGGUUGGGAAAUAGGACGAAAACCAAAAGGAUAUAUUUUAUGAAUGUGAUGAGGUUUAGCAAAUUAAAAGUAUGUUGAAGACCCCAACUAAAGACCAAAACAAGUUCAGAAAACCCCAUUAAAAUCGAGAAAUAAAGCUCCUUUCAAAAGGCAACCUGUCCAAGGAUCAAUAUCAGCAUCAUCCCAACCAGAAUUCGAGAUGCAAUUCCCCUUCGCUGGGAGCUGCAAGCGCAUUUAAAGUUGAUGUAUUUGUAAAUGUAUCUGUCAGUAUUUUGAUUUUCCUCUCCAUCUAUCCGCAUGCACUAGUCUAAGCAAAACUCAACAAAAAACAAGUGUUUAAAUGUUUAUAAGCAAAUUGAAUGUAAUUCAAUAUCAAACCGAAAUAGAUAAAAAGCGCAUAGCAAGAGUGCAAUAAAAAAAGAGAAACAAAGAAACAAAUCGAAACGACAACAAUUUCUAUGUAUAAAAUAAGGUGAAAUAAAGUCCAUGUUGCAGAUGCUAAACCUAUGAAUAUAUGGUAUAUUGUAAUUGAAUGAAACCGAUAUAAAUAUGUAAAUGAUAAGCGAUAAUUAAAAAUGUGUUGACCCCGUUAUUAUGUUUGUUCGAUGAAACUCUCUUUAUCGUUGUUCCCCAUUCUUUGUCAUGGUUUUUAUUUAUACUCUUUUUUGUUAUUUUGUUGUUUUUCCGCGUGUUUUGUUUUUGGUAGAGUUAAUUAAAGGAAAACGUAAACAGAAAGUGCGUGAAGUGCAAAAACAAUUUUAAAGUAAAUAU